UGACUACAUGGGAGUCCAGCGACACAGCCAUUACGCCAACUGCUGGUCCAAGCACUCUCCCUCUUCUGUCCUCCAGCUGGUCAGCGAGAAGGUCGGCGGGGCUGAGGGGACCAAGCUGGACGAUGACUUCAAGGAGAUGGAGAAGAAGGUGGACAUCACCAGCAAGGCCGUGACGGAGGUGCUGGCCAGGACCACCGAGUACCUGCAGCCUAACCCAGCCUCGCGGGCCAAGCUGACGAUGCUGAACACGGUGUCCAAGAUCCGGGGCCAGGUGAAGAGCCCCGGCUACCCUCAGCCCGAGGGCCUGCUGGGCGAGUGCAUGACCCGGCACGGGAAGGAGCUCGGCGGAGAGUCCAACUUCGGCGACGCCCUGCUGGACGCGGGAGAGUCCAUGAAGCGCCUGGCCGAGGUGAAGGACUCCCUGGACAUCGAGGUCAAGCAGAACUUCAUCGACCCGCUGCAGAACCUGUGCGACAAAGACCUGAAGGAGAUCCAGCACCACCUCAAGAAGCUGGAAGGCCGCCGUCUGGACUUCGACUACAAGAAGAAGCGGCAGGGCAAGAUCCCGGAUGAGGAGCUGCGCCAGGCCCUGGAGAAGUUCGAGGAGUCCAAGGAGGUGGCGGAGACCAGCAUGCACAACCUGCUGGAGACCGACGUGGAGCAGGUGAGCCAGCUGUCCGCGCUGGUGGACGCCCAGCUGGACUACCACCGGCAGGCCGUGCAGAUCCUGGACGAGCUGGCCGACAAGCUCAAGCGCAGGAUGCGGGAGGCCUCUUCGCGCCCCAAGCGAGAAUUCAAGCCCAAGCCCCGGGAGCCCUUUGACCUGGGAGAGCCGGAGCAGUCCAACGGGGGCUUCCCCUGCGCCACGGCCCCCAAGAUCACAGGUAACGGGGGCAGGAGCCUGGACUCUCUGCUGGGGACCCCCAGCAGGAACAUGCCACCCCUGGACCAGCCGAGCUGCAGGGCCCUGUACGACUUCGAGCCCGAGAACGACGGGGAGCUGGGCUUCCGCGAAGGGGACCUCAUCACGCUCACCAACCAGAUCGACGAGAACUGGUACGAGGGCAUGCUCAACGGCCAGUCGGGCUUCUUCCCCCUCAGCUACGUGGAGGUGCUGGUGCCCCUGCCCCAGUGACGCCCGCGCCCGCCCCGCGCGGCCCUGCCGUGCCUCCUGCAUUCCAUUCUCUGGACUCGUGGGCGCCUGGGCCCCCAGCCAGGCCAUGCUGGGCGGCAGCCCCCCCCCUGGGCGGGGGGCGAGCCUCCCAGUGGGCCAGGCCAACACUAAGGUGCUCGUGGAAACACUAACUCCUCCCCUCCCAGGCCUGCCUGGCCCUGCUGCCUUCACGGUGCGAUGCGGGAGCAGGGGGCUCGCCCCGACUCCCCAGGACCCUUAGUUUGAAGUCCCCUCCCAGCCCGUUGCUGGCGAUGGGCCCCGGCCCCACUCCAGAGCUCCUGGACAGCUUCAGCCCCGCACACCCCGCUUCCCAGGGAGGUGAGGGGCCUGAACGGAGGAGGUGGCCUCCCGCUUCCUUUGCCCAGGGACAGAGGCAAGCUGGGGGUCCCCGGGCGGCCCUGCCUGAGGAUGCACCUCUCCCAGGAGCCCCCAGCUCCCCAACUCCCCCAGGCAAGCACAAGCCUGCACCAGCUGUACCCCCGGGACCACCCCUGGCACCCCGCCCUCCCCAGGCAGCUUGAGCCCAGCUCCACGGGCCCCCACCACUGCACCCCCUAGGCUGGUCCAUUCACAUUCCUUCCCCCUGCCCCGUGAGGCCCGAGACAUGGCCCAGUGGCACCGUGUGGGGUGCAUGCCAGCCCAGAGGCGCCUCGGUCCAGCCUCGGUCACCGUCCAGGGCAAAUCAAGAUGUACCCUGGUUUUUACAAAGAAGUAUUAAACACCUCUUUCUACA